UGCUGAAUUCAUUAGAAGCGGUUGAGAAACACACAAGAAAACAAGAGGAUUCCUGGCUGCAGGAACUCUUGAAAACUCACAAAAAGAACAUGAUGGAGAAAGUAGAACACAUUUUUGAUGAAAAAAAGAACAAAGAAGUACAUCUCACAGAUGCUUAUACAGACCUCUUCAUUACAGAGGGGGAUAUUAAAGAAGUCAAUCAUGAACAUGAGAUUCUGAAGAUUGAUAAUCCCUUUAAACCCUGUAAAUUACAGGACAAGCCAAUCAAAUGCAAUGAUGUAUUUAGUCUGAACAAAAAGAAGAAAACAAUUGUGCUGACCAAAGGCAUCGCUGGCAUUGGAAAAACCAUUUCAGUGCACAAAUUCAUUUUGGACUGGACAGAAGGAAAAGCCAAUCAGGAUAUUGACUUUGUGUUCCUACUUCCAUUACGAAAGAUGAACUGCAUCAAAGACAAAGAGAUCAGCCUGCAUGAGAUUCUACAAAGAUUUAAUCCUGAAUUGCAGGGCCUGGAAACAUUGAAGAUAAAUAAGAUAUAUAGUAAUAAGCUCGCGUUUAUCUUUGAUGGACUGGAUGAGAGUCGACUGACUCUGGAUUUUGACACUGGAAUGGUGACGAGUGUUGAGGAGCGAUCAUCUGUAGAUAAACUGUUUGCAAGUCUGGUGAACGGGACUCUGCUUCCAUCAGCGCUCAUCUGGGUGACAUCACGACCAGCAGCAGCCAAUCAGAUCCCUUCUGAGUAUGUCGGGUUGUUCACAGAGGUGCGAGGAUUCACUGACCAGCAGAAGGAGGAGUACUUCAGAAAAAGAAUCACAGAUGAGACUCAGGCCUCCAGAAUCAUCUCACACAUUAAGAAAUCUCGAAGUCUCUACAUCAUGUGCUACAUUCCCGUGUUCUGUUGGAUCACAGCCACUGUUCUUCAACACUUCUCCACUGGAAACAAUGCAGAGGACAUCAACACAACACUCACUGAAAUGUACAUCCACUUCCUGCUGAUACAGAUGAACAUGAAGAGCCAAAAGUGUGACAGAAAAACAGAAAGAGAACGUACUAAGCUCUUAGAUUCCAAUAAAACAAUGAUAUUGAAGUUAGCUAGGCUAGCGUUCGAAGAACUAAAGAAGGAAAAUAUUGUGUUCUCUGAGGAAGAUCUGAAAGCAUGUGGUAUUGAUGUGAGUGAAGACUUUGAGUCCACAGGAAUGCUGACUGAGAUCUUUCAGCAAGAAGCUGGACUUCACGAGAUGAAGGUUUUCUGCUUUGUGCAUCUGAGUGUUCAAGAGUUCCUCGCUGCAGUCCAUGUGUUCCUCUGCUACCUGAACAAGAACAUGGAGGAACUUCAGUUUUUCAUUGAAGAAACAGAAAAUGAGCAAACUGUCUGCUGCAACUGUCUGUUUCUCCCUCAGUCUGAAAGAACCCACAAAAAUAUUGCAUUGCAUGAUUUACUAAAAACUGUUGUUGAUGCUGCAGUACAGAGUCAGAAAGGACAUUUAGACCUCUUUUUACGGUUUCUGCUGGGCAUUUCACUGGAAUCAAAUCAGAAACUGCUCAGAGGCCUGUUCACACACACUGAAGACAGCAGAUACAGUGCCACAGAAGUAACUCGGUACAUUACAGAACAAUUAAAAAGCCAGGACAUCUCACCUGAAACUUCAAUCAACAUGUUCUACUGCUUACUGGAGCUCAAAGACAAUUCAUUUAAUACAGAAAUCCAAAGAUACUUCAGAUCAUCUCCAGGAAGAAGCCUCUCAUCUUCCAUGUGCUCCUUGCUGGCCUACAUACUGAUGAUGUCCGAGGAUGUGCUGGAUGAGUUCAACCUGAAUACGUACGAGACCACAUGGGGAGGCUACAUGAGUCUCUUGCCAGCUGUGAGAUGCUGCAGAAAAGCAAAGCAAGUAACUUUUACUGAUUUUGGGGAGUAA